AGAAAAAAUGACGAAUUUCUAUGUCGGUCUGAUGAUCAUCACCAGCACAACGGUGGGAAAGAUUAUUUUGACUUCCUCUGCGGGCACGGUCAUAUCUCGCUACUUCGGCACCCUCGACAGCAGCAUAAAAGGCCUGAGCUACAUUGCGAUGCGGGUGGCCCUGCCCUGCCUGCUCUUCACCAACCUGUGCUUCGCGGUCACGUGGGAACAGCUGAGCAAGUUUUACUGGGCCCCGUUGUUUGGCUGCGUGCCCAUGAUCCUCGGCUUCCUCUCUUCCUUCCUUGUGCGUCGCCUCCUCAGCAAAGAAUACCGCUACGUCGUCAUCCUCGCCAGCACCUUUCAAAACGCCUUGACGUUUCCGGUGAGCAUCUUAAUCAACCUCAAGGGGAUUGAGUGGUUCACCGGACAGGCCGUGGCUGACGCGCAGUCCUACGUGUUUCUGUACAACAUCAUGUGCAACAUUGGCCUCUACUCCAUCGGCGAGCCGCUGGUCGCGUGGGCGAAGCAGACGGAGGUGCAGGAGGAGGAGGCCGAGCUGCGACGUCAGCGCCUGAUCCACAUGGGAGCAACAGCGAACGAGAUCGCUGCUUUUGAAAACCGCAGCUUCGCCUACCCGUUCGAGUCUCCACGCCAGAGGUCGACGCAGGAGGCUCUGCCAGACGCACAGCGCCGCACCGCUGCCACGACGAUAGCCGCGACUGCUGCCGUUUCCGCUUCUCCCGGAGCGACGGAGAAUGCGCGAGGCGACGGCCCGGGAGCAACUCGGGUGGUAUCGCCAAGCCUCGGCAGAGGACAAGCCGAUUGCACCGCCGCCGGGGUCACCGGUGACUGUGCUGAGCGACGACGACUUUGGCAGCGAUGA